UUAGUGUUUGGAGCUGCCAUGUACGCGCAGGUAGAUGCGUUUUAUUCCAAGGAGAAAUACGUGAAUGUCUUUUGAAGGCGUCGUGCGUCUCAUGCGUCGCUGCCCAACAGGUGUCCGCGGUCCGCGUCCACACUAGGCUCAUGUGCGCGGCGGGUUCCCCUCAAACCAGCGGCCAAACUAACUUUCAGGCGCUCCAUGAGCCACUAAAGCUGCGAAGUGACGGCGUUAUGCGGGAGUCCAUGGAAACAAGCGAUUAACUGCGACUUUUUCAACUUUUCAACUGUGUCCGAGGAGGGAAAAAGACUGUGGAGGAGGCGAGGGUUCCGUGUGGGAUGUUAACGGACUGGUGGUGCGUUGAGGCUGAAGGAGCAUGGUGAAACACCAACCCUUACAGGUCUAUGAGAAGCAGGUCCUUUUGUCCUUUGUCACUGGGAUCUAUGGUUGCCGCUGGAAACGCUACCAGCGUUCCCAAGACGACACCUCCAAGUGGGAGUGCGCAUGGUUCGUCAUAUUGUGCAGUUCUUUCCUUUUGCUUCUCUUUUGGGUCUAUUUCUGGUUGGUGGCACAAAAUGAUUUCAAUGAUUUCAAUAGGUCGGUGUACAACCGUUCUGGAGAGUGGAAGGAUGAGACCAUCCCCAUUCUCACAUCCACCACCCUGUGCUUCAGCUACAUCUCAUUCUUAUUGAUUUUAGCAUGUUUCCAUAUAUCUUUGGGUCAGCAGCUCAAUCUCUACUGGGUUCACAAGAUUGGGGUGUUGGCUACAUUACUCACCACUGUCUCUGGGAUCAUCUCUGUUUAUGACUUCUGGAGAGAUGAGUGGGGCAUCCUGCUUGUGUCCUUGCGGUCCACAGCACCUUUCCUGCACAUCGGCUCCCUGACUGUAAUCACAGCUCUGAGCUGGCUGGUAGCAGGAUAUGUGGUCCGUAAAGAGAGAUCCGAUUUCCAAGCGGUGGUGUUACUGAUCUACGUUAUGGUCCUCCUGGCUGUCUGCGUGGCGCCGCUCACAUUCAGCUGCCCCUGCAUCAUGGACCGCCACACCCUCAAACCACGGCCAGACGUCAUUGGCCAGCGAGGUGCACCCAUGCUGGCCCCAGAAAACACCAUGAUGUCCUUUAACCGAGCCUUGCAGCAUGGAGCCAACUCCCUGGGAGCAGACGUCACCAUCAGUGUGGACGGCAUUCCUUUCCUCAUGAGAGACCACUCGCUGAGACGGACCACAGACGUCAGUCGGGUCUUUCCAGCCAGACAGCAUGACGACGCCUCCUCCUUCAACUGGACUGAGAUACGCUCUCUAAACGCGGGGCAGUGGUUUUUGGAGAGUGACCCGUACUGGACCGUGAACACCCUGACACCCAAGGAUCGCAGCAGGAUAGCAAACCUGACGGUCUGCAGCCUGGUGGAAAUGCUUCGCCUGACUGCCAGGGCCAACAGCUCUGCUGUGCUCAAAGUCCGCAAACCUCCACCAGAACACCCGCGCUUCCGGAGCUGGUUCAUGGACACGCUGUGGGCUCUGCAGAAAGCAGGGAUUUCCCAGAAAAGGGUGGUGAUGUCCCCGGACACGGACAGGGGGAGGGUGCGAGGGAUUCAGCAGACCACAAAUGAGAAGCUGUCAAUGGCAGAGAUGAAACACAGGGGAAUCACAAGUCUGACCCUCCACUACAGCAAGGCCGGCUUCAAAGACAUACAGGAAUAUCUGGCCAAUAAUAUAAGUGUUACAGUCUACCCUGUGAAUGAGCCCUGGCUCUACUCCCUUCUGUGGUGUAGUGGAGUGCCUUCUGUGUCCUCUGAUGCCCCACAAGUCCUCGGAAAAGUGCCUUACCCUGUCUGGCUCAUGAGUCAUAGUGCUUACAACUUCAUUUGGAUCACUUCAGACCUCGUCUCCCUGGCCGUAGUCACGGGGAUUUUCUUUUUCCAGAACUAUCAUAUGAUCAGGUGGAGGAUUAGUGGGAUGCAGAACUAUAACCCGGAGCAGAUUAUGCUGAGUGCGGUGGUACGACGGCCCAGUCGAGACGUCAAUAUGAUGAAGGAGAAGCUAAUAUUCUCAGAGCUCGACAACGGACUCGGCAGCACAGAGGAUCUGUCCCUGUAUCCUGAGAACGGUCAUGUGAGAUACUCUCGAGGCCUCCGUCACUGAGUGGAGCGCGCAACCACUGUUGGAAAGUUUUGUUGAUGGCUUGACCUAAAACCCACACACUGAUUAAAAUGACUUCCUACUCCGAACACGGGAGCAAACCCGGGACACCGAUACACGAGUCCACUUCCUCUCAAAGUGAUGAGCCUAGUACUUUUUAUUUUCCAGUGCGUAGCCUGAUCUUUUAUUAUUUCUGUAUGUUAAAACAUAGUUAUCCCUUGGGCUGUGUUAUUGUAGCUAUAGUUAUUCUAUCAUGCUGUAUUUUUACACAUAAAUUAGUAGGUAGUUUGUUUUUAAUGCUGUUUUUCCCCUCUUAUUCUGUCGAAGACUGCCUGUCUAAGCCUCAUUGCUUUAACAUAGGUCAACCUUAUAAUUUCACCUUAAAAUUCACUGUAAAAAGUAAAUUGAUGCUUUCAGUAAUUGUACAUUUGUGUAGGAAAAGAGACUAGAAAUCAGAGGAAACACAGGGCUGCUACGUGCCUAUGGCCUCAUGACUUACAGUAAGAGGUUAGUUUUAGUCAUAGGAUGAAACUUUAGAAAAAAACUAGUCACCGACCACAAAACACUGGAAUUCUUUCUCUCUUUUUUCAUUUUUGUGUUCUAGUAAUUAAAGAUGGGACAAACUCACAGAUUUCUUGAGUUUAUUUUAUUCGAGAAAGCUGCACUCCUGCAAUAUUCCAUAUUACCUAACUAAUGUUUUACUGACAAGAAUAGCGCUGUGGAGUUUUGUUAUUAAUAUUUGUAAAUAUGGCUUACUUUUCUUGUUUUUAUUUUGUUCCCUCUGAGAGGAUUUUCAGUGGUUUAAAUAUAUGAAUGAUAUGUAUUUCAUAAUUGCUUUUAUUAUGAUUUUGUUGUCAUUUAACUGUGACGGAUGAGGGCGUAUGUCGAAAACUUGACCUCUUGCAGUUAAAUGCGUUGAGGUGCUCUGGGUGUUUUGCAAGAAUGUUACUGUCAAAGUGAAUCUUUUUUUCUUCUGCCACUUUUCUGUCAUGCCAUGAUUGUUUUACAUAGUCAUUUUAGCGUUUACCACUUUCACAUGCUGCCUUUUUGUUACGUUGACCUGUUUCUAGAGUACUGGAUAUUGUCAUCUUUAGCACUAACUUAAGCUCACAGCUAGCUUCUAAGCUGUAGAUAUGUUGAUUGUUUAAAUAAAGUAACAUUUUUCUUGAAAAAUGCAA